CAGCACACGUGAAUCCCGGGGAACCAGGAAGCAGGAGCCGGUUGGAAUGAACACAUCUGUUUGGGAGGAGUAACCCGUGGUGGCGGCCUACCAGGGGGGAGGAAUGGAUGGGCUUUCAGCCUGAGUGUAGCCCCAGCUUUAUCUGAGCUCGCUGCCUGGGUGAUUAACUCUGAGCCUCGGAUGUGCAGACCUGGCGUUUUGUCCAGUCUGGGCAGAAGCAGGGCCACUUCCCUCUUUGUUCUGGAGGUGUGUGUUGGCCCCAGCUGGGUGGCAGAGACCAUGAACUAUUAGUUUUUCCUGAUUUUUCGCAUCCCUCCGGGAGCCGAGGGCCCGGAAGCCAUGUCGGAGUUCCUGCUCCUGGGCCUGAUCGCGGCCCUGGUGCUCACCCUUCUGCUGACCCUGCUGGGUUUCGCCGUGUACUCUGGGCUGCUGGAAGAUGUGGUAGUGAGUGCAGGCUCCCCCCCAAUUCGGAACAUCACCCUGGCCUACAAGUUCCACGUGGGCCCCUACAAGGAGUCGGGCCGCUUAUUCACCGAGAGCUGCAGCAUCUCUCCACGCCUUAGUUCUAUUGGGGUCUACUACGACAACCCCCACACGGUUCCUCCGGAGAAGUGCCGCUACGCUGUGGGCAGCAUCCUGAGUGAGGGUGAAGAGUCACCAUCCCCUGAGCUCAUCCGCCUUUACCAGAAGUUUGGCUUCAAGAUCUUCUCCUUCCCGGCCCCCAGCCAUGUGGUGACCGCCGUCUUCCCCUAUACCACAGCACUGUCUAUCCAUCUGGCUGUCCACAGGGUCCAUCCUGCUCUGGACACCUACAUCAAGGAGCGGAAGCUAUGUGCCCACCCGAGGCUGGAAAUCUACCAGCAGGACCAGAUCCACUUUGUGUGCCCACUGGCUCGCCAGGGUGACUUCUACGUGCCUGAGGUGAAGGAGACGGAACGCAAAAGCCGAGCCGCUGCCGAGGCCGAUGACACCCAAACCGACAUCACAGGAGCUGACACGCUGAGCGACACCAGUUCCGUUAGUCUGGAUGCAGGCCCGGGGAGCCGGGAGAACUCUGCCACCACCUCCAUGUCCCCCGGUGUGGCAGGCCGCAGCUGGGACGAUGCAGAUAACCGGAGUGAGCACAGCUACAGCGAGUCAGGGGCUAGUGGCUCCUCCUUCGAGGAGCUGGAUCUGGAGGGGGAAGGAGCCUCGGGAGACCCUCGCUUUAGCCAUGAGGCUGAGCCCCCCGGGCCCAAGUGGGCCAAGGAGCCCAGCAGCCCUGAGAAGGAUGAAGAGUAGCCGCCCCUUCUGGCCAGGGCCUGCACCUCUCAGCCCCACUCUCCUGGGGCUUAAUCAAAGAGGAACUGAUCCGAUCCAUCCUUCCCCUCUCUGACCUGGCCUGGCUGGGCCUGCCCCUUGCCCUUGUCCUCUAGACGCUUGGCUCUCAGGGCUGGGGCCUGACCCUACAGGUGUGUAGAGUGGCUACCUCCUGGCCAGGUUGGGGGUUUGUCUUACUCCCCUGCACCCCCCCCCCCCCCCCGCCGAGCUCUUUGCUCUCUUCUUCCUCCUCACUCCCUGGCCUGUUCUUCCCAGCCAGCCGGAGGGAGCGCAAUCUCUUCCCUCCCAUUUGCCCCUCCCUCAUCAGUCUCUUUUUCAGACUUACAUGGGGACUUUUAGGAUCCAGAAUAAAGCAGAUGAUUCUCGUUUCA